AUGGUUGAUAGUUCUGAUGAAUCAAUUUAUCGUUUUCCAGGCCGUCAAGGGUCCGAAGAGGCGCGGCGCUGGCAGCCGCGCAGCAGAUCGCCUCGGUGACGAAAGGAAAAGCCGCAGCAUUGGCGUCCAAUGCACUGAAUCAGUUGGAUGAGGACGAGAUGUAGCUGCUGUACACACUCCGCGCCAACAACCUCAAACGGAAAGCCGAGCUCGGAGUCGGCGCCAAACCCACGUCCCAUAAGCGGCGAGGCACCAACAACAACAACAACAGUGGCGUAGGAGAUGGCGGGGACGGGGACAGCGGCCGGUGCUUCAUGUGCGAUCAACCUCUACCACUCGAAGCCGAGGCGCUAAACAGACAUAUCGAUGAGUGUCUGGAAGCGCAGAAGAACGCGGCGGCCGGCGCGUCGUCGUCGUCGGGGUUAAAUGUACCCGCGAUUGACCAGGGUGGGAGCGGCGAACAGUGGGAGGAGUAUACGUGGGCGGGCCAGACCCGUGUGCGUGCGUCGGCGAUGCUGGAGGGCGGGUUUGCAGCCAGCGGCUUCACAGUCCGCAAACCCGCCGAACAAGACACCGACGAAGAGAUCGACAUCGACGACGACGGCACCGACGAGUUUGGACAGACGCAGUUCGGCGAACAGCACCUGGAUCCGUUUCGCAGCACCGACGACAUCGACCCCGGGGCGAAUGCGGAUGCACAGCCCGGGACCGUCGGGGACAGUCGCGAUACAUAUCCAUCCACCGACCAUCCACCCUCCUCCUCGUCAGACACAAAACUCGUCAUCGACGCCCUCAAAUCCCGGAUCCGCGAUCUGGAACGCCUCUCAUCAACCUCCCCCAAAUGCCUCAUCUGCCUCGACCCCUACACCGACCCGCUGGUCUCCAUCGUGUGCUGGCAUGUGCAUUGCGAACAAUGCUGGUUCAGGACCCUAGGCACGAAACGCCUAUGCCCGCAGUGUCAGAAGAUCACGGCGCCGGCGGAUUUGAGGAGGGUCUAUUUGUGAGGGAGGGCGUCCCCUCCAAGUGUGGUUGCGCGGCAGGGACACCGCAAUCAUGUGAAGCGAGUAGGGGCGCUGAAUCAGGAUGGUAUACCCAGGGCUAAUCGAGAAAGAUGCAGACCGCUGUGGUUCACUGCUCGCUAUGUAGGGUAGCCCCGGUGUUCGUGCACGGCCAGGUGGAGGAUCCCGAAAUAUAUAUAUGUACGUUUUCCUGCCCGCUAUCGGAUGUG